GGGAAAAAAGAAAUCGAACGAAGAGUGUUUGUUUGCACUUGGGGGAUCGAAUUGAAAUAGCAAAUCCAUUUUAAUUAAUGGUUUCAGCUGGAAUUGGUUUAUUGAUUACUACUUAGUUGGAUGGUUCCUCAUCCUGACAAGAUUUCGAAUUUUUAUGCGGCUUUUGAGAGAAUAGGUUGGAAAAAUUGGAGCUUUAUCUUUUUGUUGGUGAUGAUGGUGAUAAUGUUGAAUAUCCAAAUUGGUCUUGAUGAUCAUUAAAGGUAUAUUUAGGAGAUAUGAGAAAUGGAAUCCUGUUCAUCCUACUUAUGGAGCUUUUUGGGGUAUGGGGAUUGGGAUUGGUUGUGGCGUCGGAUGGGGACCUGGUUUUGGCCCUGAGGUCAUUGGCUAUGUAGGUGCAGGCUGUGGUGUUGGUUUUAGUGUUGGCAUUACACUUGCUGGUCUUGGCAUUGGUCUCCCCACAAAUCUUCUUCUUGCUGCUCCUUAUAACUCUGUGGAAGCAACUAGAAAGGGCGCUUUCAAGCUGUUUGGUAAAAAUCUCUCAACCUAUGAUUUCAUGCCUCAAAUUGGGGGGUUGCAGAGACAAGUUAGCGAGAUGUGCUCUGGUUUUAACAAGAAGCCUCACAUGGAUUAUGAGUUUGACAUAAAAAGUUUUCCUUUGUUCAUUUCACAUGAUUGUGGAAAAUUUGGGAGUCAUCUUCUCCAUGUGCGCAAAGGUUCGGAGGACAAUAAAUCACCACGACGAUCUUAAGCAUCUGAGACAGACACUUCUAGAUUGUUAUUAUGAUUGGCAUAUGUGAUUGUGACUAUGAAAUAUUCAGCAUAAAUCAGAACCUUGUGUCUUACAGUUACAGGGAGAUAUGUAUAAGAGGUUAAGGAUUUGAACAGUGGCAUUCAUAGACAGUUCAGAGUAGUUGUUACACAAAAGGAUAAAAAAAGACCAGAGGUGUAGUUAAUGUUACACCACAGGUUUAUGCUUUGCCCUUAAUCAAAUAAUAUCUUUUCUCUUUUGUUCUU